AUGGUUUCAGAGAAAUUGCAGAGUGUAUUGCGAAUCGGUUGGCAAAUUAUAGACGAAGGCGACUAUGUUGACUCCAAUUUUGGUAAUAAUAAAGGGCCGGAUCCCAUCCACACAGCUGGACCGCAGAGGGUGUUUACUACUCAACUUGUCUUGACCACAAUAUCAGGGGUGGCGUUAUUCCUAUUGUUUUGCAUAAUGAGGUACAGGUGGCCACACAUUUAUGCUGUUCGAACAUUGCGCCAGCAAGGUACAAAGCUGUUGAAACCGCUACCGGAUAAUUUAUUUGGCUGGUUGAAAGUUAUCUACAAGCUCACAGAUGACGAAAUACUAUCGUACUCCGGGUUGGAUGCAUAUGUCUUUAUAUCAUUCUUCAAAAUGGGGAUAAGAAUUUUUCUCAUUUUGGCAAUAUUUUCAGUGGGGAUAUUGAGCCCCAUUCGUUACUACUUUACCGGGAAUUAUGAUAAGGACGACGUACUGGAGUCAAAGCCAACUAAACCCCCAGAUUUCCAUGAGGAUUUCCCACAUUUCUUGUGGGUGUACCCGAUAUUCACCUAUGUCUUUUCCAUCGUGGUUUUCUACUAUCUCUACGAUUUUACUGAUAAAGUUUUAAAAACAAGACAAAAGUACUUGGCGUCGCAGGAUUCGAUAACGGAUAGAACUAUUAGAUUAGACGGUAUACCAAAGAGGCUACUAAAGAGAGAAAAAUUAAAACAAUUUAUUGAAGAUUUGGGGAUUGGUAAAGUUGAAGAUGUUAAAAUGAUCUAUGACUGGACACCUCUUCAACAAGAAGUAAACAAGAGGAAAAAUUUGAUCAAAAAGUUGGAAUACUCAUAUGCCUCUGAGUACAGGUUAGACAUUGACAUUUUUAAUCAACAACGUAUUCCAGCUGUGAAUCCAAUCUGGAGCGAACCAUUAGAUAAACAAAAUGUUGAGGACGAUAUAAUCAACUAUUCGAAAGAGUUGAUGUCGGUGGAUGAUGAUAUCAGAGCGACUCGUCGUAAGUUUGAUGCCGAUACUUCGACCAUCAAUGCAAAAGAACACCAAGAGUUUAAGCAAGUUCCAUCAGCGUUCAUCACCAUGGACUCUGUUGCUUCUGCGCAAAUGGCAGCUCAAACAAUUCUCGACCCUAGAGUAUACAAGCUUAUUGUGAGCUUAGCACCGGCACCAAAGGAUAUUAUAUGGCCAAAUUUGAAACUUACGUACUCCGAAAAACUUCUUAAAUCAUACUUGAUCACAUUCAUGAUAGUGUUGAGUUAUGGUUUCAUUAUUUUUCUAGUUAUUCCGUUAACAUCUUUGCUUGACUUGAAAACGAUUAGCAAGUUCUGGCCAGAACUUGGCGAUUUCAUUGGCAGAUCAAAGUGGUUGACCACGUUUGUUACAGGUAUUCUUCCACCAUUAUUGUUUACACUUUUGAAUAUCCUGUUUCCAUAUUUCUACCGUUUUUUAUCACAACAUCAGGGUUACUCUUCCAACAGCGAGGUUGAGUUGUCAACAUUGUCAAAAAACUUUUUCUUUAUAUUUUUUAACUUGUUUUUGAUCUACGUUGCCGCAGGAACAUUUUGGGAUUACAUGUCAUACAUUAGUGACACAACAAAAAUUGCAACACAAUUGGCAACAUCCUUGCGAAGGAUGUCAUUGUUUUAUGUUGACUUGAUUCUCUUGCAAGGGGUAACCAUGUUUCCGGUAAAGUUGUUGCAAGUAAGCGAUUUUCUCCUUUUGAACAUUUUGGGCAAAUUAUUCUUCUUUAAGAAAUUGAUAUUGAGAACCCCAAGGGAUUAUAGGGCGUAUUACUUUACGCCGCAAGUUUUUGACUUUGGAAUUAAUCAGCCGCAGCAUAUAAUGAUCUUUAUGAUCAUUCUUAUUUACUCAGUUGUAUCCACAAAGAUUGUCACUUGUGGGUUGGUUUAUUUCAUUCUUGGGCUUUUUGUAUACAAGUACCAGCUUGUUUACAACUUUGUCCAUCCUCCACAUUCCACUGCUAAAGUUUGGCCAAUGAUUUUUAGACGAGUUAUUCUUGGAUUGGUUAUAUUUCAAUUGUUUAUGUGCGGAACAUUGGCAUUGGACAGCGCUAUAAUACUUUCUGUAUUGUGUGUUCCCACAAUUAUUGCUACAUUCUGUGUCUGGUACAAUUUCGAAAAAUACUAUGUUCCAUUAACCGACUUUAUAGCAUUACGAGCUAUUCUCAAUCCGACUCGCUUUGACAAAGUCUUUGAAAAUGAUGAUACACUGUUCCAUUCAAGUGAAAACAAUAGCGAACAAACUUCGGUGAAUCAAGCUGCGAUUGAUCACCAUGAGACAAGUGUUGAUGGAGAUGAUAUAAAUGAGGCACCGGUUGGUGAAAGUACAGUUCUUUAUGAUGGGAGUGGAGGAGGCGAGGGUGAUCAUGGAAGUACCGAAAGAAGGAGUGCUGAAAGAAGAAAUGCUGAGGGGCGAACAAAGGGUAAAUCAUCGAGAAGACGAGAGUCUACUCUCGAUGAAGAGCGCGAACAGUUCACUGAUUAUACGUAUCCACCAUUAUUUGAACCAUUGGAUGGGCCAUGGAUUGGUUUUACCGGUAAUAUGGUGUCGAUGGUGGAGUAUAAAUUCCAUGUCCAUGAUAUUUUAGAAAACGGAAAUGCCACAUCUGAGAGCUUAUCGGACGAGGACGGAACUAGAGCAAUUACUAGAAAUGAGAUGGAAACUAUCAUCGAUAAGAAACUUACAGUUAGCGAAUGGGAAUAA